UGUUUAAGAAAUGAAUUUAUAAAGAAUCCUGACCAUGCAAAAUUAGACGUUUCCAAGCUAGAAGACACUGCCAGCGACAAAACAGUGAGGUUGCCCUGCGCUAUUGGCUACGUAGGUUUCUUAAGAUUCAAAUGCAACAAGGGAAACUGGCAUAAAGAAGGUGGUCGAGAAUGUGAACGUAAGUCUAUGCCCAUCCCAUCCCUAACGGAGGUUUAGAAUGACAUGAUAUGCAUUGCAUUUGACAAAUUACUUUUAAAGUCAAUUCUGAUUACAAAAUUAUAAUUUACUGUAUGUGAAAUUCCAUAUUGCAGAUCAUGAACUGUCAAUUAUAAUAUACACAAAAAACUAAUAAUAGCGGAGUAUGUAGAUGUUGGACCAAUAUGUUUUUGUUGAAUGUUCUUUGGGCUAAAAGCAGUUGUUUCCUCUGUUAUUGUUUGCAGCUAAGUCAUGUGGGCAUCCAGGAGACACACCAAAUGGAGACUUCCAUCUUUCGAUUUUGAACGAUUUUGUCUUUGGAGCUGAAGUUGUGUACGAAUGCAGAAAAGGGUAGGGGUUUUUCUGUUGCUAACUGUUACAUGCUGACUGAAACUUUUUUCUCUAUUGUUACAUUUUGAUCAUUUCAACCCUUAGAAGGUUAUCUGCUACAACUGCUAUUGCUACUGCUACGACUACUACUACUGCUACUGCUACUACUACUAAUAAUAAUAAUACUUCUACUACCGCUACUACUACUACUGCUACUUCUACUACUGCUACUACUACUACCCCUGCUAGUACUACUGCUACUACUACUACUACUAUUACUACUACUGCUACUUCUACUACUACUACUACUACUACUACUACUACUACUACUACUACUACUUCUACUACUGCUACUACUACUACUACUGCUAGUCCUACUACUACUACUACUACUACUGCUGCAACUAAUAGUACUGCUACUACUACUACUGUUACUGCUACUACUACUACUACUACUACUACUACUACUACUACUGCUACUACUACUGCUACUGCUACUGCUACUGCUACUGCUACUGCUACUACUACUACUACUACUACUACUGCUACUGCUACUGCUACUGCUACUACUACUACUACUGCUGCUAAUUCUACUUCUACUGCUACUGUUACUGCUACUACUACUACUGCUACUAUUACUGCUACUACUACUACUACUACUGCUACCACUACUACUACUACUACUGAUAUUGCUAAUUCUACUGCUACUGCUACUGCUACUGCUACUGCUACUGCUAAUGCUACUUCUACUACUGCUACUACUACUACUACUGCUACUGCUACUGCUACUACUACUACUACUAAUACUGCUACUGCUCAUUCUAUUGCUACUGUUACAACUACUACUACUACUACUACUACUACUACUGCUACUACUGCUACUACUUCUACUACUGCUACUACUACUACUACUGCUAGUCCUACUACUACUACUACUACUACUGCUGCAACUAAUAGUACUGCUACUACUACUACUGUUACUGCUACUACUACUACUACUACUACUACUACUGCUACUACUACUGCUACUGCUACUGCUACUGCUACUGCUACUACUACUACUACUGCUACUGCUACUGCUACUGCUACUGCUACUGCUACUGCUACUACUACUACUGCUGCUAAUUCUACUUCUACUGCUACUGUUACUGCUACUACUACUACUGCUACUAUUACUGCUACUACUACUACUACUACUGCUACCACCACUACUACUACUACUAAUACAGCUAAUUCUACUGCUACUGCUACUGCUACUGCUACUGCUAAUGCUACUUCUACUACUGCUACUGCUACUACUACUACUACUGCUACUGCUACUACUACUACUACUAAUACUGCUACUGCUCAUUCUACUGCUACUGUUACAACUACUACUACUACUACUACUACUACUACUGCUACUACUACUACUACUGCUACUACUGCUCCUUCUACUGCUACUGCUACUACUACUACUACUACUACUGCUACUAUUACUGCUACUAUUACUACUACUGCUAAAACUACUUCUACUAUUACUACUGCUACUGCUACUGCUACUACUACUACUACUGCUACUACUGCUGCUACUACUACUGCUACUACUACUACUACUACUGCUACUACUGCUACUGCUACUGCUACUGCUACUGCUACUGCUGCUACUACUAAUGCUACUACUACUGCUACUACUGCUACUAAUGCUACUGCUACUUCUACUACUACUACCACUACUACUAACUUUACUACUACUACUACUACUACUACUACUACUACUACAACUACUGCUACUUCUGCUAAAUAAAAUAAAAUAAAAUGAGUUUAAAUGAGUUUAAAUGUAUUUGGCUAAGGUGUAUGUAACUUCCGACUUCAACUGUAUAUAUUAAAGAGGUGGGGUUUCAAAUGUCUCCGGAAGGUGGUGAGUGACUCCGCUGUCCUGGCGUCGUGAGGGAGCUUGUUCCACCAUUGGGGUGCCAGAGCAGCGAACAGUUUUGACUGGGCUGAGCGGGAACUAUGCUUCCCCAGAGGAAGGGGAGCCAGCAGACCAGAGGUGGAUGAACGCAAUGCCCUCGUUUGGGUGUAGGGACUGAUCAGAGCCUGAAGGUACGGAGGUGCCGUUCCCCUCACUGCUCCAUAGGCAAGCACCAUGGUCUUGUAACGGAUGCGAGCUUCAACUGGAAGCCAGUGGAGUGUGCGGAGGAGGGGGGUGACGUGAGAGAACUUGGGAAGGUUGAACACCAGACGGGCUGCGGCAUUCUGGAUGAGUUGUAGGGGUUUAAUGGCACAGGCAGGGAGCCCAGCCAACAGCGAGUUGCAGUAAUCCAGACGGGAGAUGACAAGUGCCUGGAUUAGGACCUGUGCCGCUUCCUGUGUAAGGCAGGGUCGUACUCUCCGAAUGUUGUAGAGCAUGAACCUGCAGGAUCGGGUCACCGCCUUGAUGUUAGCGGAGAACGACAGGGUGUUGUCCAGGGUCACGCCAAGGCUCUUCGCACUCUGGGAGGAGGACACAACGGAGUUUUCAACCGUGAUGGCGUGAAGUGCACCAGUCCCUCCUGCAGCAAAGCACCCCCACCGCAUGAUGCUGUCACCCCCGUGCUUCACGGUUGGGAUGGUGUUCUUCGGCUUGCAAGCAUCCCCCUUUCCCUCCAAACAUAACGAUGGGCAUUAUGGCUGAGGUCUUUGAUGAUCUUCUUGGCCUUCCUGUGACACCGGGUGAUGUCGAUGUCCUGGAGGGCAGGCAGUGUGCCCCUGGUGAUACGUUGGGCAGACCGCACCACCCUCUGGAGAGCCCUGCGGUUGUGGACGGUGCAGUUGCCAUACCAGGCGGUGGUACAGCCCAACAGGAUGCUCUCAAUGGUGCAUCUGUAACAAUUUGUGAGGGUCUUAGGCGCCAAGCCAAAUUGAGGUUGAAGAGGCGCUGUUGUGCAUUCUUCACCACACUGUCUGUGCGGGUGGAGCAUUUCAGAUUGUCAGUGAUGUGUACACUGAAGAACUUCAAGCUUUUCACCUUCUCCACUGCGGCUCCGUCGAUGUGGAUGGGGGCGUGCUCCCUCUGCUGUCUCCUGAAGUCCACGAUCAGCUACUUUGUUUUGUUGACGUUGAGGGAGAGGUUAUUUUCCUGGCACAACUCUGCCAGGGCCCUCACCUCCUCCCUCUAGGCUGUCUCGUGGUUAAUGGUAAUCAGGCCUACCACUGUUGUGUCAUCUGCAAACUUGAGGAUUGAGUUGGAGGCGUGUCAUGGGUGAACACAGAGUACAGGAGGGAGCUGAGCACGCACCCUUGUGGGACCCCUGUGUUGAGGAUCAACGUAGUGGAGGUGUUUUUGCCUGGGGGGCGGCUCGUCAGGAAGUCUAGGACCCAGUUGCACAGGGAGGGCUUCAGGCCCUGAGCUUAAUGAUGAGCUUGGAGGGUACUAUGGUGUUGAAUGCUGAGCUGUAGUCAAUGAACAGCAUUCUUACAUAGGUAUUCCUCUUGUCCAGAUGGGAUAGGGAAGUAUGCACUGCGAUGACGAUUGCAUCAUCAGUGGAUCUAUUGGGGCUUCGCUCUCUUAGAUACAGGAACAAGGGUGGACAUCUUGAAGCAAGUGGGUACAACAGACCGGAAUAGGGAGAGAUUGAAUAGGUUCGUAAACACUCCAGCCAGGUGGUGUGCGCAUGCUCUUAGGACAAGGGAUGCUGUCUGGGCCUGCAGCCUUGCGAGGGUUAACACGCUUAAAUGUCUUACUCACGUAGGCUACGGAGAACGAGAGCUCACAGUCUUCAGGCACUGUGUUAUCCUCUAAGCAGGCGAAAAGGGUGUUUAGCUUGUCCGGGAGCAAGACGUCGGUGUCCGCGACGUGGCUGGUUUUCCCUUUGUAAUCCGUGACUGUCUGGAGUCCCUGCCAUAUACGUCUUGUGUCUGAGCUAUUGAAUUACGACUCCACUUUGUCUCUGUACUGAAGUUUUGUCAUUUUGAUUGCCUUACGGAGGGCCUAACUGGACUGUUUGAACAGCCAGGUAGUCCUGAUGCAUGGUCCUAGGGCUCAGGUCCUCUGGGAGGGGAGAGAGAGCGAGAGAGAGGGGAGGGGGGAGAGGGUUAGAGAGCAAGAGAGAGAGAGGGGGGAGAGGGUGAGAGAGAGAGCGAGAGAGAUGGGAGAAUUAGAGGGAGCAUACUUAAGAUCACACAGGACACCAGAUAAGACAGGAGAAUUUCAGACUGACCCUGGCACAUAGACUAUUGCAGCAUAGAUACUGGAGGCUGAGACUGCAGCUACUACUGCUGCUACUACUACUGCUAUUACUACUACUGCUGCUACUACUGCUACUGCUACUUCUACUACUACUACUACUACUACUACUACUACUACUACUACUACUACUACUGUUACUUCUACUGCUACUGCUACUACUGCUACUACUGCUACUACUGCUACUGCUACUUCUACUACUACUACUACUGCUACUACUGUUACUACUGCUGCUACUACUACUGCUACUACUACUACUGCUAAUAAUAAUACUGCUACUAUUAAUGAUUCUACUGCUACUAUUGUAAAUAAUAAUUCUUGAAGUAUAACAAACCAUCAAAUGGCUGUUCUCCAACUUGUCUCCAUCUCAGUUACCAAAUGGUGACCAGGACCAGACAUCGGACCUGCGUGGAACAAGGGUGGGACAGCGCACUCCCUAUAUGUGAAGGUAAUAAGUGAUAUAUUCUGUCAAGCACAUAGACUCACCCUACAUUGUCUGGUAAAACAGUCAAUGCAAAACAAUUACUUUUUAAAUCUUGUAUUGAGAUAAUGAAAUCAAAAUGAUGUGUUUUGAUUUGAUGAAGUUUACCCAGAUGUCUUCCCAAGACAAAUUAUCUUAGUGCACUGGCAGAUCAUUUUGCUUAAUUUAGCUAACAAAACAAAGUUAUACUAUCUUGUUACAAGAUAAAUUAUCUUGAUGCAUUUUCUGGGUAAGCAUAAUCAACUCCAAACAAAUCAUUUUGACAAAAUUUCCUCAAUACAAGAUUUUUACAAAUUAGGUAAGAAAAAAUAAGUGCAGUGUAUUGAAAUCUACAGUAUAGUUGAUUCCACCCAUGUCUGCCAGUGCUUGCAUCCUUUAUACUAGUUCUGUAUUCUCCAUGUUGUGUGUUUUUCACAGCGGUGAAAUGCCCAGUGAUUCAAGUCAACGACAACGUUGUGAUCAUCGGAAGCAGUGAGGAUGCAACCUAUGGAAAUGUCAUCCAGUUUGAGUGCCAAUCAAAUAACAUGGUACUCAAAGGACCGUCUGAGAUGGACUGCAAUGACAGAGGAGAAUGGAGCAGCACGGUCCCAACAUGUGAAGGUAAACUGAAGCUACUGUAUGUAAAAACACACUAUGUAUGCAAAUAUAUGUGGACACCCCUUCAAAUUAGUGGGUUGUUUCAGCCACACCCGUUGCUGACAGGUGCAUAAAAUAGAGCACACAGACAUGCAACCUCCAUAGACAAACAUUGGCAGUAGAAUGGCCUUACUGAAGAGCUCAGUGACUUUCAACGUGGCACCGUCAUAGGAUGCCUCCAACAAGUCAGUUCGUCAAAUUUCUGCCUUGCUAAAGCUGCCCCGGGCAAACUGUACGUGCUGUUAUUGUGAAGUGGUCCUCGGUUGCAACACUCACUACCAAGUUUCAAACUGCCUCUGGAAGCAGCGUCAGCACAAUAACUGUUCAUCGGGAGCUUCAUUAAAUGGGUUUCCAUGGCCGAGCAGCUGCACUCAAGCCUAAGUUCACCAUGUGCAAUGCCAAGCGUUGGCUGGAGUGGUGUUAAGUUUGCCGCCAUUGGACUCUGGAGCAGUGUAAACGCCUUCUCUGGAGUGAUGAGUCACGCUUCACCAUCUAGCAGUCCGAUGGACGAAUCUGGGUUUGGCGGAUGCCAGGAGAACAGUACCUGCCCGAAUGCGUAGUGCAAAUUGUAAAGUUUUGUGGAGGAGGAAUAAUGGUCUGGAGUUGUUUUUCAUGGUUUGGGCUUGUCCCCUUAGUUCCACUGAAGGGAAAUGUUAACGCUACAGCAUACAAUGACAUUCUAGACGAUUCUGUGCUUCUAACUUUGUGGCAAAAGUUUGGGGAAGGCCCUUUCCUGUUUCAGCAUGGCAAUGCCCCUGUGCACAAAGCGAGGUCCAUACAGAAAUGGUCUGUCGAGAUCGGUGUGGAAGAACUUGACUGGCCUGCACAGAGCCCUGACCUCAACCCCAUCGAACACCUUCCGGAUGAAUUGGAAUGCCGACUGCGAGCCAGGCCUAAUCGCCCAACAGCAGUACCCGACCUCACUAAUGCUGUUGUGGCAGAAUGGAAGCAAGUCCCCGCAGCAUUGUUCCAACAUCUAGUGGAAAGCCUUCCCAGAAGAGUGGAGGCUGUUACAGCAGCCAAGCGGGGACCAACCACAUAUUAAUGCACAUGAUUUUGGAAUGAGAUGUUCGACGAGCAGGUGUCCACAUACCUUUGGCCAUGUAGUGUACACCACCAGGCACUAUGACAUCGUCAUACAUGUCACUAGCUGAUGUGGAUGCGGUGUAGGAGUCAGGCGCAGGACACAGAGGCUCAGUCAAACACGACUUCACUAGACGUAAUGACAAUACAAAAUAAAGGGCCUCGAAAACACAGGAUGCGUGCGAAAACGCACAACAGUGCAUAACAAUAAGCAAGACCAAAAAGUUCCACACAAGAUAAACACCGACGGACAGGCGGACAAUAACACACAAACUCACAUACACAAAGCAGGAAACUUAUAGGUCACAUAAUUAGACACAAACGGACACAGGUGCAACAACCAAACCAAACAAACAUCGAAACAUCCAACGGUGGUAGCUAGUACUCCGGGGACGACGAACGCCGAAGCCUGCCCGAGCAAGGAGGAGGAGCAGUCUCGGCCGAAUUCGUGACAAUACACAACAGGGCAAUGUCCCACUUGUUAGAUUAAUUUUGUAUUUUAAGAAUAAUGACUAAAGGAUUUCACCCCAAAUACAGUAUAAAUGUGUGAACGGGGUUAGUUAUAUUGUAGUGGCAACCCACUAACAGAGGGGGGCGGGACUUAACAUUCCAGGGUGAAGGAGACUGCGGAAACGGGUUACAAAAAGCCUCCUAAAGGUGGGCGGAGCAAAGUGCCUUUGUGUGAAGAGGUAUAAAACAGUAUGUAUGGGUUUUGGGCGCCAGAGCUCUCCAUGAAUAAAAUACAGAUCAUUCUUGCUGGUUGUGGACCUUGAAUCAUUUAUGAUUAAAACCAGAGCCUUACAACCUCUGGUAAUGAUUCAAGCUUAGGUUGAAUUAGAGAUUCUCUUGACACCACUAGAAUACAAAACAAAUCACAACAUGAUCCCAUAUUGGGGAAGAAUAUAUAAUGACCGUAUAGAAUGAUCAGUGAUUAUAUGUAGUGUUUUUUUAAAUCCAGAUUUGAAUGACCGUCAUCAACUCAAAAGUGUAAUAUUAAAAAUAAUCCCUCACAAUGCUUAUACCAUAUUUGAAUCAACAAUUCGUAUUGUCACACAUUGUUGUUUCUGAUCAUAAUAAUAAUAAUAAUAAUAAUAAUAUGCCAUUUAGCAGACGCUUUUAUCCAAAGCGACUUACAGUCAUGCGUGCAUACAUUUUUUGUGUAUGUAUGGUCCCGGGGAUCGAACCCACUACCUUGGCGUUACAAGCGCCAUGCUCUACCAGCUGAGCUACAGAGGACCACCCAUCAUGAUGACCAAUCAUCUGUUUAAUUAUGUGCUUAUUCAAUUCACAGUGAUUAAAUGCUAUGCUCCAGAAAUAGCUAAUGGUGCAGUGACCGGGCCCCCAAAGGAAGAUUACAAUGAAGAUGACAUACUGAGAUACAGCUGUAAUCCGAGGUAUAUGAAGUCUCAGGGAAGAGCCCCUCGAUGCACUAAAAUGGUCAACAGAGCCAUAUGGAGUCCAACACCAGAGUGUGAAGGUAAGGAUCUGAUCAUCUCAGGAAUCAAGUGAAUGCAACUUGACAUUUUAAGUCGGCUGGGUAACUCAUGUUUUGAACUUUAAAUUUAUAUUUUUAUAAUUUAAACAUAUUUUAUCAAGCUACUAACAUAAUGUUUUUUAAUGUUUUUGUUUCUAAAAUGCAGAAGUGAAAUGUUCAUUAUCAUUGCCACCAACAAGAGGAACCAGUUACACACCUGCUGGCAGAAAUCUGUUCUUGCCUGAUGAAAGGGUGACGGUGACCUGUGCCUCAGGAUUCUGGAUCUUUAGCAAAACAUCCAAAGAGAUAGUAACAUGCCAAGAGGACGGAAAGUGGUCAUCUUCUACAGAUUGUGAACGUAUGUUUAUACUGGAGAGUAUAUUGUAGUAUGAUAUAUUGAGGGUAUAUUGAGGUAUAGACAGAUGAGUCACUGUGUAUUACUGUACAGGUAUGGUUCAUGAUGACACUAAACAUCUCUAUCAUUGUAGCGAUAACCUGUGAUGAUCCACGUGACCCUCUUGUGAGUUCUCGCUACCGCUGGCAGCGGGGUCAAUUGAGAGAAACUCACAGUUACAGCUGUAAAUCCGGAUUUAAAACCACAAAUGCCAGGGGUGUUGCCACAUGCACAAGUGAUGGCUCCUGGACUCCACACCCACUCUGUGAAGGUGCAGUAUUUUGAAGGACGCCAUCUUUGAAUACCACUAUGGUUUAAUUACCUUGUGGUCGGAUGUUAGUUUGGACUGCAUCAGAAUUACGUUGUUUGUCUUUCAGAGAUAACAUGUGACAAGCCAGAUAUCCCAAAUGCUGUGAUUGAAGACCCUAAAACAAGAUACAAAUACAAUGAACAGCUCACUUAUGAAUGUAAGAGGAAUUAUGAACUAUUGGACAGCACUACCAGACCUGCUGCUACCUGUACGACAAAUGGCUGGACCAGGACACUUGGCUGUAAAGGUAGGGUGACAUUUAUAUUUCAAUCAUCUAAAACUUUGAGGAUGUGACUCAAGUCACUGAUCCAGAGGGUUUAAAGGCUACUGGAAAGAUCAAACAUCAGAUUUUAACCUAUUGGGGAUUUGAUGUGGAAUUGGUAAUGGCCAGAACAUUCGCUCACUUUGCUUCCAUUGGUUUUCCAGAUAUUGCUCCGUUCAGUGCUUUUACCAAACUGACAGUGUGGCCAAAAUGUCAUGAUAUUGUAGAGCAGGUCCUCUAAGUGCUCUGUAAACAGUUUAAAGCACGAUGUGUCACAAUGCCUUCUGUAAUGUUUCAUGCAAUUGUUUCUCCCAGAAAUAGAAGGAGUAUGCAUUAUAUUGAGGAUAUAUUGAGGUAUAGACAGAUGAGUCACUGUGUAUUACUGUACAGGUAUGGUUCAUGAUGACACUAAACAUCUCUAUCAUUGUAGUGAUAACCUGUGAUGAUUCACGUGACCCUCUUGUGAGUUCUCCCUACCACUGGCAGCGGGGUCAAUUGGGAGGAAUUCAGCGUUAAAGCUGUAGAGCUGGAUUUAAAACCACGAAUGUGUCACAAUGUGUCACAAUGUGUUCUAUAAUGUGUCACAAUGUGUUCUAUAAUGUGUCACAAUGUGUUCUAUAAUGUAUCACAAUGUGUUCUAUAAUGUGUCACAAUGUGUUCUAUAAUGUUUCAUGUCAUUGUCUCCCCCAGAAAUAGAGGGAGCAUGUAUCAACCCGACUGUGGAGAAUGGAUUCAUAGUUCAGUCAAAUGAGAGGAAUGUUGAUCCUAUGAACAGCAAGAUAUAUUAUUCCUGCAAUGAAAGGUUCAAACCCUCUACCAGGGGUUGGUGGGGUGCAGCCACAUGUACUGAGGGAAAAUGGUCUGGAAUUUCAAAGUGUAUUGGUAAGAAAACAGAUCCUCUAGAUAUUAUCUCUUUAAAAAGUAGAUCAAGAACAGUAGAAUGCAUUUUCCUCUGCCUUUGCUAAAUUGGUCUGAAACUCAAUCUCAAUGCUGUGUCUCUCUAGAUCAAUCACAAUGUGGCAGAAUCCCUGUCAUUCCCAACACGAUUAAGGUAACUCACCGUGAAGUCUAUAACAAUCAAGCAACUGUUCAAAUUCAUUGCAAAGAUAGAUACUCAUCUGAAAAUAUGAAUAUACAAUGUAAGAAUGGAGAAUGGCAAGCACCGUUACCAGCUUGUAAACGUGAGUAGUUGUUAAUAGUUUCGUACAUUUGAAAUAAUCACUUGAUUUGACUUGUAUGCAGGGGCCAGUCAUCCUUUACUGUAUGUUUACUAUAUGUUUUAAUUGUUUGGGGAAAAGGCCCCAGAAGCCCGUAUGAUAUUACGUAAAUAGACAGGUAGUUGUUCUGUAUCUGUACUGUGUGUAUGUUUUCUACCCACUAAUCUUACAUCAAUAUUUUCUUCUCCUGAAGCGCAAGGCGUUCCAUGUGAUCCUCCACCUAAAGUUGAAAAUGCAAUUGUUAAAAUCCCGUACCAAAAUGAAUACAUAGAGGGAUUUGAAGUGAAUUAUGAAUGUCGCAAGGCCUUUGAAAUAAAGGGACUUCAAAAAAUUACUUGCAAAAAUGGGACUUGGACACCAUCACCACCAACAUGCAAACGUAAGUAUUGAUAACUGUUUGAAACUGAUGCAGUAAUCCAGUUUAUAGUUACUUUAUAAUGAACAUCACCUAUUCAAAAAGGUUUAAAAAAAAAAGAUUUAAACGUUAAUUGAGAUGAAACAAUUCCGUAUCACAUAAUACCAUGUUUCUCCGCUCGUACAAUCAGGGAUCCUUGUUAAGGCUUUGCUUGGUAUUACAGAAAUAUACAUCUCUGAUUUAUAGUUUCUCAGCAUGUCUCCAAUGUGUCCACUUUGAGAAAGUUGCUGUUGUUUUUUGUUGUUGUUGCUAUAUUCAAUAUAUUUACACAAGUGUAGUUUUCCUAGAGAUGAUCAUGGAUGAGUUUCAGUGCAUAUUUACUGUAUGUAUCACAAAUUACCCCAGUAAAAUCUUCUGAAUAUACUGUACAUUGGCCAUUGACUAUGGUUCUAACCAUACAGUCAUUCACUGCCACAUUUGUGUCUCUGGUACUUUAUUGUAAUUUGAUAGUUCUAACAUGCUGUGCUUCACCUGCAGAGUACUGUGGUAAGCCUGAGGGUGCAGGGAAACAUUUUCAGAUUGUUAACCAGGGGCGAGAGAGAUACGAAAAUGGGAACCAAAUAGAAUAUGAAUGCCUCAGCCCAUACAAAGGCCCAGGAGGAAAAACAAUUUGCAAGAAUGGAGAAUGGCACAUGCCGGUUGAGUGUAAAGGUAAGUCU